AUGUCUUUGCAACCCUCCAUCCCUGAUCAACUGCAAAAACUGGCUAAUGAUCCCAACCUUGGGAAUGUGUCAGAAGAUUCAAUCUUCCAGGACACCCCCUUAGAACAGUUACCUGUUCCCACCCCUCAGAAAGAAAAGGACAGCCCAACUAGCCCGCCCUCUUCUGACUCAGAUGGAACAGAGCAUGACAAAAAUAGUCAGAUGGAAAGUUGGCCUCGGUCUGGCGAUACAAAGACACGCAGCGCAAAUUUCCUUCUGAAAGCAAAAACUAGCCUCAGACAAAGCUGGUACCACCAACCGCGCUUAGCUACCGAAGCGACUACUCACAUUACUAUGCAACUUAGUCCGCAAAAUGGAAAGCUCAAAGAUGCAGAGACAAACCGUUUUUACAACCUCCAGACGAGAACAAAAAUGGUACAAUCUGUACCAACGAUCAGACCCGGAAACCAAGUCCAGCAAGCCUUGAACUCAUGCUUGCUGGACUUCCUCAACGCAAUAACAGCUUACUGUCUCGUUUUUUCCUCCCCGGCAUAUCCGAGUUUCUACCACGAUUGCGCACAGACGCAACUUGGUGAUUCUCCAGUAGCCCGGUGGCAGAGCUGA